CGUCAGCCUCCCGGCCACAUCCAUCGCCGCGUGACCCUCCGCGCAGCCUCUGCACGCCGCGCAGCAUCCGCACCGCGCAUCCUCCUCGCCUCAGCCCUUCUCCUCGCAGCGCCCAUGUCGCACGACGCGCCGUCCGGCGGCCGGCCCGCCGCGCCGCGCCGUGCCAGCUCGAACCAGCAGCAGGACUCGCCGUACGGCCGCUCGCCGGUGGUGCAGCAGAUCCCGCCGCGCGUCGCCUCGCCCACGCCCGGCGGCAGCGGCGACGCCGUCGGCGAUGUGACGCGCUCGCCGCGCGCACAGCUCGCGCCGCUGCCGCUGCGCCGUACGCCGAGCGAGCACAGCGGCAGCCGCCCGCACAGCACGGCCAUCAGCGAGGACGAGCAUGCGCUCGACACGGCCGACGAGCCGCACGACCUCGACAGCCUGCCGAUCAGCGAUGCGCAGAAGGGCCGCAUUGUCGAGAUGCACCUGGCGCGGCCCAACGAGUCCGGCUUCCCGCGCACGGACAGCGUCACGGACGGCGUCGCCUCGUCGGCCGCGUCGAUGACCGGCGACGAGGGCGGUCCGGGCGGUGCGGGCCCGUCGGUGCACUUCCCGGGCUCCAACCCCGCGUCAGCGUCCGCCUUUGACGAGGACGCCGACGAGUACUUUGGCCCGGCCGCGAUGCAGGGCGGCGCCAUCACCGACGACGUGUACCGCUGGGCGCACAACAACAAGCGCAAGAUGAGCCGCCGCACGCGCAGCGAAAGCCUGCACCUGCCGCGCACCAGCACCAUCGACCCCGAGCUCGACACGACGGCCAUCAAGGAGCCAGGCGGCUUCCGCCGCUUCUUUGUGCUGAACCAGGCCGAGGGCCAGGGCCGGCCACGCCCGCGCGCGAUGCGCUCCUUCAUCGACUUCCUCGCGCUGUACGGCCACUACGGUGGUGAGGACCUGGAGGACAUCGAGGAGUCCGACGAUGAGGAGGACGACGAGGAGCUGGCGGCGGAGAGCGAGGGCCCUGUGGCAGGCAGCAGUCGCGACGCGACGGAGCGCACGGCGCUGCUGCGGCAAGAGAGCCAGCGGCGGAAGCUGCAGCGCUCGCGCAGCAGCCGCCUGCGCCCAGCCACCGGCGAGCACAACCGGCCGCGCGGCGAGGCGACGGUGCUCGAGGCCGUCAUGAUGCUGCUCAAGUCGUUUGUGGGCACGGGCAUUCUCUUCCUCGGCAAGGCCUUCAUGAACGGCGGCCUGCUCUUCUCGACGCUCGUGCUGUGCGGCGUGGCGAUGAUCUCGCUCGUGUCCUUUCUGCUGCUCGUCAAGGCCAACCUGCAGCACCCGGCGUCGUUUGGCGACAUGGGCGGCAUCCUCUACGGCCCGAAGAUGCGCCUCGCCAUUCUCACGUCGAUCGUCUUUUCGCAGAUCGGCUUCGUCGCCGCGUACACAGUCUUUGUGGCGCAGAACCUGCAGGCCUUCAUCCUCGCCGUCACACACUGCCGCACGCUCGUGCCGACCGUGUAUCUCAUUCUCGCGCAGGCCGCCGUCUUCCUGCCGCUGAGCCUUGUGCGCCGCAUUGCCAAGCUCAGUUCGACGGCGCUCAUCGCCGACGUGUUCAUCCUCUUCGGCAUCGUCUACCUCUUCAAGUACGAGAUCACGACGCUGCUCGACAAGGGCGUCGCCGACGUCGUGCUCUUCAACUCGUCGACCUUCUCGCUCUUCAUCGGCACGGCAGUCUUCACGUUCGAGGGCGUCGGCCUCGUCAUUCCGAUCACCGAGUCGAUGAAGGAGCCGCAGCGCUUCCCCAAGGCGCUCACGGGCGUCAUGAUUGGCGUGAUGCUGCUCUUCACGACGUCGGGCGCGCUCUCGUACAUGGCCUUCGGCAGCAAGGUGCAGACCGUCGUCAUUACGAACCUGCCGCAGAACAGCAAGUUUGUGCAGGCGAUGCAGUUCCUCUACUCGAUUGCCAUUCUGCUCUCGACGCCGCUGCAGCUCUUCCCGGCCGUGACGAUUCUGGAGCGCGGCAUCUUCACCAAGAGCGGCAAGUACAACUGGAAGAUCAAGGUGCUCAAGAAUGCCUUCCGCUGCUCGACGGUGCUCGUGUGCACGCUGGCCGCCUGGGCCGGCUCGGCGUCGCUGGACGUCUUCGUGUCGUUCGUGGGCAGCGUCUUCUGCUGUCCGCUCUGCUUCAUCUACCCGCCGCUGCUGCACCUGCGCGCCCGCGGCUGUGCCGUGUCGCGCAAGGCGCGCAUCCUCGACUACUCGAUUCUCGCGUUCGGCAUCGCCAGCACGCUCUUCGCCGGCAGCCAGACGAUUGUCGCGCUCAUCAACCCCUCGGCGCCGCCGGACGCGCCCGUCUGUCGCCCGCCCAAGUAGAGCGCUCAAAAGACGUGUGCGCGGGCGAGUAGGCGCGCCCUCUUCUCUCUCCCUUGCGUGUAGCGUCCUGCAAGCCUAAUCUCACGAACGGGUAUUCAUUCAAAUGACGUGGAGG